AUCCUAUGCUCAGCUCCCCUCAUCUACACUCCUCCAUAUGAUAGCCGUACCGCUUUUAGGGAAAAAGAAAGAAAGAAAGAAAGAAAAGAGGAAGCUUAAUUCACACUGCAUAUUUUGCAGCCUCAGCCCAACACAGACAAAACUGCCAUUCUUCAAUUGCCUCACUCCUCCGUAUAGCAAUAGCAAGCAACAAAGCUCCAUUCUUUCCCGAUCAGCUGCCUCAUUUGCCCCGUCUUUAUUUUCUUGGAGAAAAAAAGGAUAAAAAAUAUAAAAGGAAAAUCAAAGUCGUCUGUUAGAAAUGAAGAAGCUAAAGAGCUAUUAUCUUCACCUUCGGCAUCCACAGACCGUGGAAAGAAAAUGGAUCUACCCGUUAGCUAUAGGCUCUAUAGUUUCUCUUUUUCUUCUCUUUCUAACCACCUUAACCUCGCCGGACGGCACCCCUCUUCUCCCUUUGUACCGCUACUACACCACCGCCUCCGCUGCCUCAAUUUUCGUCGAAUCCAAGCUCCGUCCCCUUCCCAUUUCCUCGCUUCCUCCUCCCCCACGUUUUGCCUACCUCAUUUCCGGCUCCGCCGGCGACGGCGACAUGCUCAAGCGCACUCUCCAGGCCCUCUACCAUCCCAAUAACCAGUACGUCGUCCACCUCGAUGCCGAGUCCUCGCCGGAGGAGCGCCUCGAUUUGCACAAAUUCGUCAGGGGUCACCGAAUCUUCUCGAAAUUCAAGAAUGUGAGGAUGAUUACCCGGGCUAAUUUGGUCACCUACCGCGGCCCCACCAUGGUGGCCAACACCCUGCAUGCCGCCUCCAUCUUGUUGAAAGAAGGCGGUGAUUGGGAUUGGUUCAUCAAUCUUAGCGCCUCAGACUAUCCCCUGGUGACCCAGGAUGAUCUACUGCACACAUUUUCAUAUCUGCCGCGGGAUCUUAAUUUCAUUGACCAUACAAGUAACAUUGGGUGGAAAGAGUUUCAGAGAGCUAAGCCUGUCAUAAUUGACCCCGGGCUGUAUAUGACAAAAAAAUCUGAUGUCUUCUGGAUUACACAGAGAAGAAGUGUGCCGACAGCCUUUAAGCUCUUUACAGGAUCUGCGUGGAUGGCUCUUUCUCGUCCUUUCAUAGACUUCUGCAUAUGGGGAUGGGACAACUUGCCACGAACAGUCCUCAUGUACUAUGCAAACUUCAUCUCCUCUCCGGAGGGUUAUUUCCACACUGUCAUCUGCAAUGCUCAGGAAUUCCUGAAUACAACUGUGAACAAUGAUCUUCACUUCAUUUCGUGGGAUAAUCCUCCCAAGCAGCAUCCACAUUACCUGUCGGCGAAUGAUAUGCAACGCAUGGUCGAUAGCAAUGCUCCAUUUGCGAGAAAGUUUCACCAAGAUGACCCAGUGCUGGACAGGAUUGAUGCUGAGCUCUUGCUUCGUGGUCAAGGAAGACUAGUCCCUGGUGGAUGGUGCAUUGGCAGCAGGGAGAAUGGUACGGAUCCAUGCUCUGUUACUGGUAACACAACAGUGCUCAGGCCAACUGCUGGUGCAAAGAGGCUGGAAAAUCUGAUCAGCUUUCUUUUAUCGAAUGAGAAUUUCCGACCAAGGCAGUGCAAAUAGCCGGAUAUUGUUUUAGAAGUCCCUUUUUUGCACUCAAGACAAUUAUACCGACGGGGAAAGGCAACACAAGAAGGCUGUUUUGCAGCUAGGGAUACGACUACCCAGAAGUACGUUGCUGCCACUAGGCUGCAAGAUUGACAGCGAUGAUUGUAUUGGACUGAAAGAAAUCGCGGGGUCCUUGUGCCUGGUGUAUCUGGGUGACUUCUUGCUUGUCACCGAUCAUCUCGUUUUUCUGUGCAACCUUCGAGUCUUGGCAGUUUUCCGUGUUUGCCAGAGUUGUAAAUGGACUUGGUGCUGAUGGUGCCAAACUGUUAAAGAGAGGAGUAAAGGAGUUUUCGUUGUAUUGCUUCAAACAUUUUGUUACGGUUAGGUAAAAUCAUUACGGUAAAUGCAGGUGAGCCAAGACAGUAACUGAAAAUUGCAUGAGGAUUGAAUCUAGAGGCGUAAUAUCUAACAGUACGAGGUUUACCUCAUUUCGUUAA